AUGGCUCCUUGCAAAUGGACUAGCCCUGAGCAAGAAGAAUGGUUGAAGCCAUGGUACGACACUUACAAGGAAAGACUCAUGCAGAAAAGCAAAAAUCACCAGAAUUUUUUUGCUGACCUCUAUGAGCGAUGGUUUGAGUCAUGGGAAGAGCCUAGGCCAGAAGGGCUUCCUACCGUCAGUCCACUGAAUGAAAACAAGGAUAAAGUAAUGGACAAGGCUAAAGAAGCACGUAAAGAUUUUUAUGCCUGGAAGCUCUACAAUCGCUUCCGAAAUUGCUUUGGCAGCACCAAGGCCGGUCGUCAAGCUAGAUCAGACGCUACUGACGUGUUCAACUCUGUUCUAAAGAGUGUCAUGCAGUCUGAUUCCAAAUCCACUCGGAAUCUCCAAGAAACUGAAGCUUACUCGAAGUUAUACUAUACAUCUCAUGUCAAAGCCACUCACAAAUGGGCAGCGGAUGGCGCUAGUGAAAAAGGAGACAGCAGCACUUACGAGAUGGAGUCUGAAAUGGUGAAAGAUGAGGUGAGAAAGUACAUGGAUGAUCAGAAGGCGGAAAGGGAUAAGAACAAGGAUGAGGGAAUGAGUUGGAGUAAAGAGGAUCAUGAAAGGAACCUAACAAAAUUGGCGGUGAUAGUAAACAAAUUCCUGAAGGGCUUGCAAGAUGCAACAGGUCUUUUAUUUACUGUUCUUGCCGGUGGACCCUCACCUGAAUUGAAUGGGCUUAUCGAUGUAUGGAGUUUCCAUGUCGGUCGGACAAAGCUUGGCAAUGACUUCAGCACGGCCUACCCACUUUUCGACAAUGUAUCUUUUAAGUGCAAGAACACUCAGUACUCACCUCCCAAACCAGCUGAAGCAGCUGCGCUGAUGCAGUCAGUCAAAAAUGGAUCUCCAAAUUUCAGAAGUAUUUCGGACCAUGACACAUCCCAACCUUCAUCACUUCCGUCAUCUUCUUUGCACCCCGCAUGGCUGAGCCUAAUACCUUCAUCUGACGAUGUAUCACUUCACAACUCUUUGGCUCCUAUUCAAGAAACCUCUGAAUCACAUUUCGGCAAUGGUUCAGACGAACCCUUUUGGGAGUUUGACAACAUGCUGGAGAAAAUGUCACAAGGCACCCCAUCAACGUCAAUGGGCAUAUUUUCCAAUCCCCCACCAAAUGUCCCUUCUGAUCAGGAAGCAGUUUUACCUGCUUUUCCCUCAUGGACAUCGCAAGCACUAGUCAGUUCGUCUCCUGAUUCUAUCCAACUCACCCUGCCCAACGAUUCUCAUAGUGCUGCAGGAAUGCAACAUGACUCUGCAGUACUCCCCUCCAAUGACACUUCAGAUGGGCAAGAAUGA